UGUAAUCUUGUAUCGCUUUCCGAGAACCUCCUAAAUCUGGCAAAAAGUGGACAGAAACUUUGAGGACGUAGGUGGUUUUUCACUAUUCGUCGACCUCAACUUUUCUCUUUCUUCGUUUCCCUUACAGUCUGAAGCACAGAAAUUCACUAUUCGAAAAAUUCUAAAGUCAACUGUGCGUGAUGUAAAAAUGUACUGGAAUAUGACGGACAACCGAAUGAAGCUCCGAGAACAGUGUUUUUAAACAUUUAUUUUCCUUACACAUUUGUUCAUCUCACGUUAUGAAUUUCGUUACUCGAAUAAUCGAUGUUAAUGUAUCUCUAAGAUAGUGUGAUUAAUUGUAACCUAUGUAGAGUUAUAAUUAAGAUACACAUUUGAAGGUUAUGUUUUUGUUUUCUCCUAAUUAAUUUGUCAGGACAGUCAACAAAGAGUCAUGGCACAAAGAUUUCCUGUACCAAAUACAGGGAAUAAUGGCCCACCACCUCAAAGAUAUGCAGCAUCAUCUGUACCCCCAAAUUUACGGCAAUAUUCUGGCCCAAAUUUUCCUAUGCAGCAAAGAUCAGGAUUUACUCCACCUCCCCAAAUGGCAACUGCAGGUCCUGGUACAGCUAGUAUAAUUAGAGCAAAUCAACCGUAUUCAAAUAUGCGUCAAGGACCAAUGCCUACUCCACCAGUUGGGAAGAGAAGUGCUGAUCAACGUAUACCUAUGUCACAACAAAAGCCGUAUUUUUGGAACAGUGAUUUUUCACAUUCCACAUCCAAGAAGAAGAAAAAGUUGGCAGAUAAAAUAUUGCCACAGAAAGUACGCGAUCUAGUGCCAGAAUCUCAAGCAUACAUGGAUCUACUUGCAUUCGAGAGGAAGUUAGAUGCAACAAUAAUGCGAAAACGACUCGACAUACAGGAAGCGCUUAAACGUCCAAUGAAGCAAAAGAGAAAAUUACGAAUAUUUAUUUCCAAUACCUUCUAUCCAGCGAAAGAAGCUGGCGAAGGAGAAGAGGGUUCGGUCGCGUCUUGGGAGCUUAGGGUCGAAGGUCGGCUGUUGGACGAUACAAAGAAUGACCCUAAUAAGGUGAAAAGGAAAUUCUCUUCGUUCUUUAAGAGUCUAGUUAUAGAAUUAGACAAAGAUUUAUACGGACCUGACAAUCAUUUGGUUGAAUGGCACCGCACGCUGACAACGCAGGAGACCGAUGGUUUUCAAGUAAAAAGACCUGGGGAUAAGAACGUUCGAUGUACCAUUCUAUUGCUCCUUGAUUACCAGCCUUUACAAUUCAAAUUAGAUCCCAGAUUAGCACGGCUUUUAGGAGUCCAUACACAAACGCGUCCUGUCAUUAUUUCCGCCCUCUGGCAGUAUAUAAAAACGCACAAACUUCAGGACAGUCAUGAAAGAGAAUUCAUAAACUGUGAUAAGUAUUUGGAGCAAAUAUUCGCUUGUUCUAGGAUGAAAUUCGCUGAGAUACCGCAGCGUUUAAAUCCGCUGCUCCAUCCGCCGGAUCCUAUUGUAAUAAACCACGUUAUCAGUGUGGAAGGUACAGAAACAAAACAGACUGCGUGCUACGACAUUGAUGUCGAGGUCGACGACACCUUGAAAACUCAAAUGAACAAUUUCUUACUUUCAACGGCAAGUCAGCAAGAAAUUCAGAGUCUAGACAACAAGAUACACGAAACAGUUGAAACGAUCAAUCAAUUGAAAACGAACAGGGAAUUCUUCCUAAGUUUUGCCAAAGAUCCUCAACAGUUCAUUAACAAGUGGAUCAUAUCCCAAACGAGGGACUUGAAAACGAUGAUAGACGUUGUUGGUAACCCGGAAGAGGAACGGAGGGCAGAGUUUUAUUAUCAACCCUGGGCGCAGGAAGCUGUUUGCAGAUACUUCUACACGAAGGUUCAGCAGAAACGCGCAGAGUUAGAACAAGCUCUCGGCAUCCGGAAUUCCUAAACCUGGUCAAAGUACCGUUAACAAUUCAAAGCGUCAUUAUGUAAAGUAUUUAUGCGAUUCCUUUUCUUCUUUCAAUUGCGAAAUCGAAUUAAGCUUGACUCGGUAUUUCUGUGACGUUAUCAAGUGCAGACGAUUGGUCACAUAUUUUUAUGAAUCUCAAGAAAUCAAAGAAUAAGAUGCAUAGUAUCAUGACCGAUGAUUUCUUGGAUUCGUGUUUAUUUACGCAAUAUAUCUUUAUUCAUGCUGACGUUUCUUUUUUUUUUUUUUUUUCUAUGAAAAUAUGUAUCACGAUUCGCUACGUGCACUAUAACUGCGAUGAAAUUCUGUACAUUAUAACGAAUAAAACUUUGAUAUAAUUCGCUGAAA